AUGUCAGAUUCCCUCAACCAUGUCAAGAUGUCACCAGCAGGUCCCACCGACCAACCCCAACCUCUGGCGUCGCGCAUGAAGUCGUACGAAUCCCACUUCGACCACACUCUCCCCCUCGGCAAACCCAUCAUCCUACGUCUAGAUGGCCAUGGCUUCUCACGCUUCACCUCACACUUUGCGCGCCCAUUCGACGAGCGCAUACACUCCGCAAUGAUAGCCACAUGCGCCGACUUACUCCACUUCUUCCCUCAAGCUACAGUCGCAUACACGCAAUCCGACGAGAUCACCUUGGUCUUUCCGCAAGGUGUACAGAGUUUCAACGAAAGGGUGCAGAAGCUGUGUAGUCUGAGUGCGAGCUACUGCUCCGUUCGAUUCAACAAGCAUCUCGCAGAAGCCCUGAAGAAAACGCCCGAGCCAAAGGUCAAGGGCGAGGUAGAAGAGGUGCUAAGUACAGCACAUUUCGAUGCUCGUCUUUUCCCCGUGCCUUCGGUAGAAGAAGCGCUCAACAACCUUAUAUGGCGCUGUCGCAACGAUGCUGUACGAAAUUCCGUCUCUGGUUUCGCUCGAACUAUGUACUCGACUAAGGAGAUGAACGGCAAGAAGACGCAGGAACUCAUCGAUAUGAUGCUAGAGGAAAAGAAUGUCAGGUUUGCGGAAGCGGUGCCGGAAUGGGCAAUCGAGGGCUGUUUGAUGAAGAGGGAGCAAUAUGAGCAUGAGGGUGUGAAUCUGAAGACUGGCGAGGUCGAGAAGACGUUGCGUACGAGAACGCGGGUUGAAGAGAGAGGUAUAAGGGUUUUUGGACAUGAGGGAUUGAAGCUAGUGACAGACAGGUAUUGGUAG